AUGAUGACCGCCAAGCGCAAACUGUCAAUGGCGGACACCGACUUGGAUACCCCCAUAGCAAAGAAGAGCAAUUUCAUGGGCUAUGAUGCUCGCACGCCAUGGCUUUAUGACUCUAGACCAACGCUGAAUCGUCGGACGUCUGGGAACCCCGCGGUGCAACAUUCUCUUCCGCUGGCCAAUAUGGUAUCCACCGUCCAAGACCUCAUCGAUCCCGAUUUCGACCCUCUUAUUGCUAUCCUAGAUGACGAACCCCGAUUUCUGAAGCCCUUGCCUAGUCGGAUCUCACCGGAGGAUCUUGAGCUCUUGAGAUUUCGAGGCGCGCUCUCGAUUCCGGAAAGAGGAUUGCGGAAUGAACUGCUACGGUGCUAUAUCCAAUGGGUUCAUAGCUUCAUGCCGGUGUUGAAUCUGCAGGAAUUCCUUCGAUGUGUUGCUGAGAAUGAUCUAAAUGGGAAUAUCAGCCUCUUGCUCUUCCAGGCAGUCAUGUUUGUCGCCACUGCAUUUGUCGAUUUCAAACACCUCCAGGAUGCUGGUUACUCCACACGAAAGAGUGCACGGAAUGCUUUCUAUGAACGGCUAAGGCUGCUUUAUUCCCUCGACUGUGAAGAAGACCGAAUCGCCAUUCUGCAAACCCUUCUCCUCAUGACAUACUGGUCGGAUCAAGUCAAUAACCCGCAAAGAGAUAUCUGGGAUUGGGUUGGAAUCUGCAACACACAAGCGCAUUCCAUUGGACUGAAUAGAGACCCUACGACCUCGAACAUGGAUCCUAGGAUGAAACGAUUGCGAGUCCGUUUGUGGUGGAGUCUGUACUGUCGAGACCGUCUCAUCGCCAUGGGGAUGAGGCGACCAACCCAGGUGAACGAAGGCACGAGCAGCGUCCCGAUGCUGAGACUGGACGACUUUGACUUUGAACCCUAUCACCCGUCGGUAAUUGAAAUAUUCCGCUGUCGACAACUAGAGGACACAUCCCACCAGAAGCGUCUAGCAACCAUGUUCAUUGAGAAGGCAAAACUUUGUCAAUCUAUUGGCCGUGUGUUAUUUGCGCAGUACACCACCUCGCAGUGCCAGUUUGGCGUAACCAACCGAACAACCAUCACGCUCGUUCCGAGGCAGGCCUCGGAAUCGGAACUGGCACGUUGUAGCCAGAGACUCGACUCGUGGCUCAGUGCUCUGCCCAAGGACGCACAAUUCAUUCCAGCCUCGAAAACCAACUUUAAGGAUGGUGAGGACGUUCUGUUGCUCCACGGCGCCAUGCUGCGGAUGCUUUAUCACGCCACCAUAAGCGCUCUGCACCGGCCGUGGGCAUUUCAUUCGAACAAGGAUCAAGCUCCGUCCCGUCUCGAACUAGCCCAAACUGCGCGAUCGAAAAUGCACGACGCAGCCUUAGGCAUCACUCACAUCAUUCAAGGACUCAAUCAAUUAAACAUGACGAGGUUUCUUCCCCAGUCCGGCGUCACUGUGAUCAUCCCAGCAGCCGUGGCGCACUUGUCGAAUAUGAUGUCAGACAAUCCCAUUGUCCGAGAGACGAGCCUUCAACACUUCCAAAGAUGCAUCAAGGUCCUACAAGGGCUAAAGGACCUCUAUCCUGCCGCAGAUGUAGAACACGCCAAUAUCGAGGCUGCCGUCAAAGUGCAGUCUGAUAGCAUUAGCACUUUCCUGAAGAUAAUGCAGUAUAGCGAUAUGAAAGCGAGCCAGCUGAGGGGACCGGAACCUCCGCUACGCAGAGGAAGCACCGACUCAAUUAUCCACACGAUCUCAACGGAAGACAGAUCACCCGAGCAGCGAGAUUCUCUGCUAGGAGGAACUCCCAGGCAGAGAACCGAGUCAGAUGUGCACCGCAAAGAUGGCCACACCGAACGUACAUCCACCAAGAAAGAGAGCAUUGCCACGGCGAACUUACACAAUGGAUCCCAACCCACAAAUCAACAGCAACAACAACGGCCCAUUGCUUCCAACGACUUCGACGACCAUUUCAGCCUCUUCCCUUCCCCAGGAUCAACCAGCCCCUUCAUAACCACAGACCUGCUUCGAAUUGACAUGGACUCGUUCCCCGACUUUAAGCCCAUGGACACGAACAUGUCUUCGACCCCGGAACUAGACGUUGACUGGACAGAUGAGCUCCUCGGCGGAUCGGACCUCCAUCUGGACGGAUCGGGAUCGAGCGUGGACGAGCCCAAAGAUUUCUUCUCCUUCCCGUCCAGACGCGAGCCGGGCUCGAUAAGCCAUAGCCACUGUGGUAUAACUGGCGAUCUAGAUCGCGAUUUGGGUUUAGCGCUGGAUUCGUAUUGA